GCGAUGUGCGCAAAACGCGAACUUUUGACAUUGAUAUAUGUUUUUGUAAUUGGAUAAGUAAAUGUUACAUAAGAAAUAAUCCCUUUGUACAUAUACAGCCUAGCAACAAACAUUGAUAUCUAAAUACAAAAUACCAACCAUUGGAUCAUUAAGAAACUAUUUAUCUUGCAUCUUAUAAUUUUUUGACAUCAUGCUUGCAUGAAAUCAUUGUUCAAUAAUAAAUUGUUUUUGUUUUAAUCUUUCGGACUUGGAUAUUUUAAACUACAUAGAACUUAUAACGAUGCGGGUGAUAUUAAGGACACUAUUUGGAAUAUCUCUGCUGCUCGAUAUAGUCAACAGUCAAGAAGAAAAUGGAGCCUGUGGACUCGACGUGGUGAUUGCGCUUGAUACAUCGUGUAGUAUUAGAGCAGAAGACGGGGAAAAAGUGAGGGACUUUCUUGCAAGCAUGGUUGAUUCAUUCCAGGUGGGACCUGGUUUUGAUCAAAGUCAGUUUGGCCAAGUAAAUUUCAAUAAAGGAACACAGCAUCAAUAUUAUCUUAAAGAUUCUACAGAUAAAGCAGCUGCCUUGGAAAACGUUAAAAAUAUCGAUCUUUCCAACCUGAUCACGCGCACUAACGAUGGAUGCAAAACACAUACACAUAAAGCUCUUGACGAAAUUAGAAACAUAUAUUUUACUGAGGAGAAUGGAGACAGACCCUUAGUACCGAACGUUGUUCUCGUAAUCACAGAUGGGGUGACUAUACCUAAGAAUAAAGGAGAAGAAACAAUUGAGAAUGCACAGGCAUUAACGGAUGAUGGGGCCAAUGUGUUUGUUAUUGGGCUGGUGAAUCAGAACGAUGCUGAUGCGGGUACCCAAUUGCUCCAGGUUGCAUCGACGGAGAGGAAUUUGUUCCAAGUCGAUGAUUUUGAUAAACUAACAAACAUGUUUUUAGAGAUUUCCGAAGAUCUAUGUAAAGUUGCUCCUACAUUGGCACCACCACCACCUACUACUACAACAACUACUACCACUACAACGACGACUACCACCACGCGACCUCCGACUACCACCACGCGACCUCCGACUACCACAACACUCCCUCCAAUUACUGGUCUGACACUAUGUCCCAAUGGCUUCCUCGAACAGGGAGACAGAGGCUCAUGUCAGAUAUUUAUGGUUGGUUGUUCAAAGGGAGACGCGAGAUGUUGUGGCUGUGAUCUCACUUUUUGGAAUCAGGUUUCUCCGAAGGUUCCUCAGUUUCCAGCAAUGGUGACUCUCGUGCAACAAAAAUGUUUAUGCGAGGCGUGUCUUAGAAAGGAAUGUAUUCCAGCCCGACUGCGACAACUAUGGGAACAGGAACGGCGAGCUUCGGGACUUCCAAUUUCCUAAUAUUAAUGCAAAAUCCAAUAAAAUAUAUAAAAUAAAGUAAACGUUUGUUUGUGUUCCUGCACAUUUUAAAAGUACUUUAUAUAAGUUUGACAAGGGAAGCAUUUUAAGGUUACAAACGCAUUUGAUUUCUGGACGGAAGUGAAAUGAAUAGACUAUGUAUUUGCUUAUCUUUCAAAUGGAAAGCAGACUGUCAAUUUUCUGAAGCUAAGGAAGCUGGCUUACACAGGGGCCUAUUUUAAGCCCCUUGGUAUUUCCCUUUUAACUUCAUUUUUGAUAUGAUUUCCAGAUUAGCAUCAUCAUUUCAGGGAAAAGAUCAUCUAAAUUUAAAUGUAUGUUUAACCCUAAUGACUGCAACCUUUUUCUAACAUAAAGCCCCUCCUCCUGCGAUCAUUUUAUUACUUGUCUGAUUUCAAUAAUUUUGGUAUUGUUAAAACAAAUGCCUGCAUUGAUAGGGUAACAUUCGUACAUGUUUCAGAGGAAGGUCUUUUGUUUAUGUGCGUACCAUAAAGGUCACCUGGUCUUACAUCUGGACGAUAUUUGCUGGUGUUGACUCUGUCCAAGAGGCUAGUCGUGCAUAGCAGUCGCUUUAAAAGAUGUUGUCGGAUCUGGGUUUAGAGGAUUCCGAAAGUUGGCUAGAUUAUUUGUUGGUCGUAUGCUAUAGGCUUUGAGAGUGGCGUACGGGACUGGUGCUGUGUUUCUCGAUGAGAAGGUUCAAAAAAUCUUAGGCGGUUUUUCAAUUUUCAGCCCGAGUACAAAGGUAUUCAUAUUUUAUCUGAAAAUUCAUCAAGUGAAGAGAGAGGUUUCGCACAACGGGUAAGCUAAAAAACGUAACCGCAUCCGUAUCUCGUUACAUUUACGGGUGCGUAUUUCGAUAAUUUUCGUUUCGCAAUUCGUUUUUUUUUGAAGUACGUAAUCUCAAUCUGUGUUUAAUAGUAGUGAAAACUAUGGUGAAAUUA